AUGGCCUCACCAUAUCCAGUCGUCGAAGUUGCAAUCAUUAACAUUAAGGGACAAAAUGUGGAAGACGAGACAACCAAGGAGGGUAAGACGUGGCAUGAGGUAUUCAAGAAGCUGAUCAGCGUCCCUGGGUUUACUCGGGUGGGGUGGGGUCGAAGUGUCAGAGAUCACGACACCGUUAUAUUCGGCGUUGAUUGGGAGUCAUACCAACAUCAUCAAGACUUUAUGGAAGCCAAAGGCACUUUCACAUCUCUACUCAUGGACCUCCUGAAGCACGGAGCCGCUUUCUAUGCUGCAUUCUCCGCUGCUGUCUUCUUGUGGGGCGUCGAUGAAGAGAAAUUUCCGUCGUUGGUCAAGCCAUGGAUCACAGCGAACGAGAAAUCGGACUCUUGCCUCGGAUAUUUCUGGGGCGAAGUGAAGUCUCCAGCUAAAGUAGACACUUCCAAGAAUCUUGAGCUUGGAAAGUGCGUCAUCAUGCUUUCCGGCUGGAAGAGUAAGGAGACACAUGAUUACGACUGUGGUUUGUCCAUAGUCGUGGAUGCGUACAAAGCAUUGCAAGCUGCGGUGAAGAAAUCAGACACUUAUCCGAUUGAGUUUCACUGCGUAGAGAAGUCAGGGAUGGAGAUGAGCUGGCGUCGUCUUUGA